AUGACGUCUCAGGCCACCAAGGAUGCCCUCGGUGGCAUGACCAACAACCUGACAGGAGAGAUUAAGAAUCCCCUUGAAGGUUUGACUCGCGCGCAACUGAUGGACGAUGUCAAGAACUACGCAACACAACAUGACCUGACUGCUCUCACUGAGGUCCUCCAGAAGGGUGCCCUCGCUGGUCAAACUCCGACUGAAAUCGAUUCUAUCCCUGAACUUACCGAAGAAGACCGUGUGGUUCUCCGUGAAGAAGUCACUCGUCGUUGGAAGCAACCAUGGGCCCUGUACUACACCAUUAUCCUGAACUCGAUUGCUGCGGCCAUCCAAGGGUGGGACCAAACUGGCUCCAACGGUGCAAAUUUGACCUUUGAUCGUGUUUUCGGUAUCCCAAACGAUAGCCCAUAUUGCCCUGAUAAGGCGACUUGUGACCGCAACCAAUGGAUCGUUGGAUUUAUCAAUGCCACGCCUUACAUCACCAUUGCUUUAUUUGCUGGCUGGUUAUCCGAUCCCCUCAAUCACUUGAUCGGUCGCAAAGGCACCAUCUUCAUUGCAGCAAUUUUCAGCCUAUGUGCUCCCAUCGGAUCCGCCUUUACACAGCACUGGGGUCAACUUGUUGCUUGCCGAGUGCUCCUGGGUAUCGGAAUGGGGCUCAAGGAAGUCACGGUCCCCGUUUAUUCUGCAGAGAAUGCACCGACCAGCAUUCGAGGCGGGUUGUGCAUGUCGUGGCAACUAUGGACUGCUUUCGGUAUCUUUCUUGGUACAUGCGCAAAUUUGAUUGUUGCAAAUACCGGGGAUAUAUCGUGGCGGCUGCAGCUCGGGUCUGCUUUCAUUCCCGCGGUGCCACUUAUUCUUGGAAUCUGGUGGUGUCCCGAAUCCCCUCGCUGGCUGAUGACCAAGGGACGGCACAAUCAGGCCUAUGCUUCUCUGCUUCGCCUGCGAAACAGCCCUCUUCAAGCUGCUCGGGAUCUCUACAUGAUACAUGCGACACUUGAAACUGAGAGGGAAAUGCUGCACCAAUCAGGUUUCUCGAAGCAGGACAAUAUGUUCGUUCGGUUCAUGGAGCUCUUCACAGUUCCACGGCUGCGUCGUGCCACUCAGGCUUCAGGGAUUGUCAUGAUAGCUCAGCAAAUGUGUGGAAUCAACAUUAUCUCCUUCUAUUCCUCAACCAUUUUCAGUCUUGCCGGAGCAAAUAAUAUCCAUGCUCUCCUCGCUUCUUGGGGAUUCGGCCUCAUCAACUUUAUUUUCGCAUGGCCUGCAGUGUGGACGAUUGAUACCUUCGGCAGACGUGGCCUCCUGCUCUUCACUUUUCCAAAUAUGUGCUGGACAUUACUUGCUGCUGGUUUCUGCUACUGGAUUCCUAGCAGCAGUAAUGCCCAUCUGGGGAUGAUUGCAUUCUUCAUCUAUAUUUUCGAUGGGUUUUAUUCUCCAGGAGAGGGGCCCGUCCCAUUCACCUACUCCGCCGAGGUAUUUCCUCUUUCACAUCGUGAAAUAGGCAUGGCUUGGGCAGUGGCUACCAACAAUUUUUGGGCUGCAGCACUUUCGUUGACAUUCCCUUACAUGCUACGAGCAUUAACCCCACAGGGCGCCUUUGGCUUCUAUGCCGCGUUGAAUAUUGUAGCGCUGGUGCUGAUCUUCCUAUUCAUGCCGGAGACUAAGCAACGCUCUUUGGAGGAGUUGGAUUAUGUUUUUGGCGUUCCAACUCGAACUCAUGCCAAAUACCAGCUGACCCAAGUCCUCCCCUGGUGGAUCAGAACUUACAUCCUCCGACGCAAGAAUCUCGUAUGCCCUUCGCUGUACCGGUAUGGUGGCAAGGCAGCUAUGGCUCAGCCUGGUGAUUUCCAGGAAUCCUCUGAGAUCCACGAGGUCACUACUGACAAGGAAAUCGCUAAGGAUGUGUGA